CAGAAUCAAACACACCCCAGCAGCAAAGUCACGUGGUUGGUCAUGAGAACGUAAACAGGGAAGAGGAGCUCCGAGGAGGUAUAUCCACAGUAUUUGCUGCAAAAAAGCCAAGUACACCCCCCCACCUUCUUCCUCCUCCAUCCAUUAUGGUGGACUUCCUGGCAGACAACAACCUGUGCGGCCAGGCCAUCCUCAGGAUUGUUUCCAGAGGAAAUGCCAUCAUUGCUGAGCUCUUGCGCCUCUCUGAUUUUAUCCCUUCAGUUUUUCGGCUCAAGGACAAAAGUGACCAGCAGAAGUAUGGAGACAUUGUCUGUGAUUUUAGCUACUUCAAGGGUGCUGAGUAUUACGAGGGGAAGCUGGAAGCCAAACCAGAGCUUCAGGACUUGGAUGAAGAGUUCAGAGAGAACAACAUUGAGAUUCUGUCAAGGUUCUAUCUGGCUUUUGAGAGCGUCCACAAAUACAUAGUGGAUCUUAACAGAUAUUUGGAUGACCUACAUGAGGGUGUUUAUAUUCAGCAGACCUUGGAGACUGUGCUUUUAAAUGAGGAUGGGAAACAGCUUCUCUGUGAAGCCCUCUACCUGUAUGGAGUCAUGCUGCUGGUUAUUGACCAAAAAAUUGAAGGAGAAGUCAGAGAGAGGAUGCUUGUUUCCUAUUAUAGAUACAGUGCUGCCCGUUCCUCAGCUGAUUCCAACCUGGAUGACAUCUGUAAGCUCCUGCGUAGCACUGGCUACUCCAGCCAGCCUGGAGCCAAACGGCCAGCCAACUACCCAGAGAGCUACUUCCAGAGAGUUCCCAUCAGCGCUACUUUUAUUAGCAUGGUCAUUGGGAGGCUGCGCUCAGAUGACAUCUACAACCAAGUUUCUGCCUACCCCCUACCAGAGCAUCGCAGCACAGCACUGGCUAACCAGGCGGCCAUGCUGUAUGUCUGCCUCUUCUUCAGCCCCUCCAUACUGCACACCCAGCAGGCCAAGAUGAGGGAGAUAGUGGACAAAUACUUUCCUGAUAACUGGGUUAUCAGCAUUUACAUGGGGAUCACAGUGAAUCUGGUGGAAGCCUGGGAACCAUACAAAGCUGCCAAGACUGCACUCAACUACACCCUGGACUCUGCUAACAUCAAAGAGCAGGCUACUCGGUAUGCAGCCAGUGUGGACAGUCUGAGGCCUCAGGUGCAACAGCUGCUAAAGGAAGGUUUCCUCAGGGAGGAAAUUAUCUUGGACAACAUCCCGAAACUCCUCAACUGUCUGAGAGACUGCAAUGUUGCUAUUCGCUGGCUGAUGUUGCACUCUGCAGAGUCAGCCUAUGAUCUAAACAACAAGCGUCUUCGUCAGAUCAAAGACCAGGUGCUUAAUGACUCCAAGUACAACCCCAAGAUCCUUUUCCAGCUACUGCUCGACACAGCUCAGUUUGAGUUCACACUCAAAGAGAUGUUCAAGCAGAUGCUGUCAGAGAAGCAGAUCAAAUGGGAGAGCUACAAGAAGGAGGGAUCAGAGCGAAUGACUGAGCUGGCUGAAGUCUUCUCUGGUGUCAAACCUCUUACCAGGGUGGAGAAAAAUGAGAACUUACAGGCUUGGUUCAGGGAAAUCUCAAAGCAGAUUGAGUCUUUGAACUAUGAGGACUCUACAGCUGCUGGGAGGAAGACGGUCCAAUUGAUACAGGCUCUUGUAGAGGUUCAGGAAUUCCACCAGCUGGAGUCUAACCUGCAAGUUUGUCAGUUCCUGGCUGACACCAGGAAGUUCAUGCACCAAAUGAUCCGCACAAUCAAUAUCAAAGAAGAAGUCCUUAUCACCAUGCAGAUAGUUGGAGAUCUGUCCUAUGCAUGGCAGAUAAUUGACAGCUUUACAUCCAUUAUGCAGGAGAGCAUCAGAGUCAACCCAUCCAUGGUUACUAAACUCAGAGCUACAUUUCUGAAGCUGGCAUCUGCAUUGGAUCUUCCAUUGCUGCGUAUCAACCAGGCCAACAGUGCUGACCUGCUGAGUGUUUCACAGUUCUACUCUGGAGAGUUGGUGUCUUAUGUCAGAAAGGUGCUGCAAAUUAUCCCAGAGAGCAUGUUUACCUCUCUGGCCAAAAUCAUCAAACUUCAGAUCCAUGACAUCAUGGAGGUGCCCACACGGCUGGAUAAGGACAAACUAAAGGACUACGCCCAGCUGGGGGCUCGAUAUGAAGUGGCAAAACUCACUCAUGACAUCUCUAUUUUCACCGAGGGCAUCUUGAUGAUGAAGACUACUCUCGUUGGGAUCAUCAAGGUGGAUCCUAAGCAGCUUCUGGAGGAUGGCAUCAGAAAGGAGCUGGUGAAGAGGGUGGCUUAUGCAUUGCACAAAGGCUUAAUCUUCAAUCCAAAGGCUAAGCCCAGUGAACUGAUGCCCAAGUUGAAGGAGAUGGCUGCCACCAUGGAUGGCUUCUAUAGAUCGUUUGAAUACAUCCAGGACUAUGUCAGCAUUUAUGGCCUUAAAAUCUGGCAGGAGGAAGUGUCCCGCAUCAUCAACUACAAUGUGGAACAGGAGUGCAACAGUUUUCUCAGAACCAAGAUCCAGGACUGGCAGAGCGUGCACCAGUCCACCCACAUCCCCAUUCCCAAGUUUCCCUCUGUGGAUGAGUCUGCCACCUUCAUUGGUCGUCUCUGCAGAGAGAUCCUCCGAAUCACUGAUCCCAAGGUAACAUGCUACAUGGACCAGAUGAACACCUGGUACGACCUGAAGAGCCACCAGGAGGUGACUAACAACAGGCUGUUCUCUGAGAUCCAAAGCACCCUGGGUACGUUUGGCCUCAACGGACUGGAUCGCCUGCUCUGCUUCAUGAUUGUCAAGGAACUUCAGAACUUCCUGAUCAUGCUUCAGAAGAACAUUCUGAAGGACAAAUCUGUGGUGGAGGUCUUCAGAACUUUGCUCAGUGCUGUCAACCCAGUCCAAGGCAUUGUGGCUAAUGCCAGCAAAGUCUACAGCAGUGCUGUGGCCAAAUCCCAGAAGAUCUGGGGCACAUAUCUGGAAGCCAUCAUGAAGGUUGGUCAGAUGCAGAUUCUCAGACAGCAGAUUGCUAAUGAGCUUAACUACUCCUGCAAGUUUGACUCCAAACACUUGGGUGCUGCACUGGAAAACCUCAACAAGUCUCUGCUGGCAGACAUUGAGGCCCAUUACCAGGACCCAUCUCUGCCUUAUCCUAAAGAGGACAACACUCUUCUGUACGAGAUCACUGCAUAUCUGGAGGCUGCUGGCAUUCACAACCCUCUCAACAAGAUCUACAUCACUACAAAGCGCCUCGCUUACUUCCCCAUUAUCAACUUCCUUUUUAUUAUUGCUCAGCUGCCUAAACUUCAGUACAACAAAAACCAGGGAAUGACCUGCAGAAAAGCCACAGACCCGGUUGACUGGCCUCCGCUGGUACUCGGCUUGCUCACCCUGCUCAAGCAGUUCCACUCCAGAUACACACAGCAGUUCCUGGCUCACAUUGGUCAGUUCAUCCGCUCUAUCAUGGAGCAGUGCACAAGUCAGAAAAUCCCUGACAUGCCUUCUGAUGUGGUGGGUGCUCUGAUGUUCCUCGAAGACUACGUGAAGUACUCAAAACUGUCACGUAAGGUGGCUGAAGCUCAUGUGCCCAGUUAUAUUUUUGAUGAGUUCAGAACAAUACUGUGAAGAUCCCGAUGAAGAAUUUAAUCUAAACAUUAGGCUUUUGUUGCUUAAUGUUUUUUCUACUGCAGACAUUUGGACUCAUAGUAGAGACUGCACAGGUGUUACUAAUAAUUAACAGCUAAUUAGUUAUGUUUAAGUGCCCCAGUAGGCCAAGACCACAGGCUUUAUUUUAAAUUUAUCAUUUUCAUCUGUGCCUUUUCUAUAGUGAUAUGUCAAAUAUGGGGCCUUUUGAUUUGUUUACUUAUAUUUCAUUGUGUAAACUAUCAGUGUCUUGCACUAACAGAUUGUAAAUUAAUAGAACAUUGAAAUGCAUAUAAAUUAUCCUGCCGACUUUAUUUACUGUCACUCUGUGCCAUUUAUAAAAGAAAUUCAUGAAUAAACACGGUUCUUUGUAAAAA